UGAGUAGUAUACAUAUCAAAGGAGGCAUCAAUUUCCUACCAACUUUCCUUACGUAUUUUAAUUUUAUUUUACCUCUGAUUGAUUACCUUGAUUUGCGUGGCUUAGACACACACCUUAGGCUGUAGAGUUAUAGCCGCCUAUAAAAGUGCCAACAUAGAUCUCAGGUUUGUUCAAUGCUCUUCAUCACCAAAUAGAUAGACUGACUGCCUGAGAAGUUUGUUCAAGAGAUCCUUUGUUUUGAGAAGUUCAAGAGAUGGGUGCCCUGGAAUAUGUGUCAGAUCUUCUAGCAAGAACUUCGAAGCACAAGAAGAGGAAGCAGAUGCAGACCGUGGAGUUGAAAGUUCGCAUGGAUUGUGAUGGGUGUGAGCUCAAAGUGAAGAAUUCUGUCUCUUCCAUGAAAGGUGUGAAGUCGGUGGACGUAAACAGAAAAUUGCAGAAGGUGACCGUGACUGGUUAUGUGGACCCAAACAAAGUACUGAAGAAGGUUAAAGCUACCGGCAAACGGGUAGAGUUCUGGCCUUAUGUGCCCUACAAUUUGGUGACUCAACCAUACACAGCGCAGGUCUAUGAUAAAAGAGCCCCUGCUGGUUUUGUCCGCAAAGUUGAGUACAAUUCAGUACCAAACCACAACUCUACAGAUGAGCAAUUAACCAACUUGUUCAGUGAUGAUAACCCAAAUGCCUGUUCAAUCAUGUAAUUCCAUCACCCACGUUUAAUGCAUAAAUUUGGAGUGAUCAUGGCGGCUAUAGUGGCUUUUGUGCAAAGAGGAAUGUUAUAUAAAUAAUUUUUUUGGAAGGGUUUUAUAUCAAACUUUGAAUCAUCUAACUACUUAUAUUAGAAUAUGAUUCAUAAAUUGAAUUCUUUUCAACUGAGAAUCAUAAAAGUAUUAAAUA